UUUCCGGAACGAAAAGUGGGGACGUUAAAUGUGGAUGCACCCAAGUUGCUCGCCAAACAAAUUGCGCAUGCGCACAUUUAUCACAACACCGACAGAAGAGGGAUGGCUGUAUGGGGAUAUUAAAUAAAAACAAUGUCAUAUCGAGCGUGCAGUGACUUCGGUUUAAUCUCGGUGUGAUAACUCAGUGACCGAUCAGAGGAUGGACAACGUUACUCUGUCAGAGGGGACCGCAGAGUGUCCUCUGGUCUCCGAGGACAUGGAGGGGAUCUGUGUAAUGCCUGACCUGAGUGCCAUAAAGACCGAGCAGUCGGUGGGUGCGGGCCCAGAUGACCCCAACACCCAAAAUGUGGCCAUGGGCAUCAAGUUCAUCCUGCCAAACCGCUUUGAUAUGAACGUCUGCUCAAGAUUUGUCAAGUCCCUCAACGAGGAGGACAGCAAGAACAUCCAGGACCAGGUGAACUCUGAUCUGGAGGUGGCUUCUGUUUUGUUUAAAGCUGAGUGCAAUAUUCAGACUUCACCAUCCCCUGGUAUACAAGUGCGCCAUGUUUACACACCGUCCACCACCAAGCAUUUCUCCCCCAUCAAGCAAUCCACCACUCUCACAAAUAAACAUCGCGGCAACGAGGUUUCCUCCACACCUCUCUUGGUGCAUUCUUUGUCCAUUCAUCAGCUGGCAGCCCAAGGAGAAAUGGUGUUUUUGGCCAGCAGGAUUGAGCAAGAAACUGUGAUCAAUCUCCAAGAUGAGGAAGGCUUCACUCCGCUCAUGUGGGCAGCCGCACACGGGCAAAUCGCCGUCGUCGAGUUUCUGCUCCAGAACGGUGCAGACCCCAACCUCCUGGCCAAGGGCAGAGAGAGCGCGUUGUCUUUGGCCUGCAGUAAAGGCUACACGGACAUCGUGAAGAUGCUCAUCGACUGUGGAGUGGAUGUGAAUGAAUAUGACUGGAAUGGAGGAGCUCCUUUGCUGUACGCCGUCCACGGCAACCACGUCCGCUGUGUUGAGAUCUUAUUAGAGAACGGUGCAGAUCCUACCAUGGAGUCGGAUUCCGGUUUCAAUGCAAUGGACAUGGCUGUAGCUAUGGGCCAUCGAAAUGUUCAACAGGUGAUGGAGGCACACUUACUGAAGUUACUGAUGGGAAUCAGAGAGUGAACUGUUGCACUUGAGGAGAACGAAUACUGGAGGGGGCGCUGCUGGGCGCUGGACAAUCAUGUAGCAUGCCCACAGGAGUCACUGGUUCCCUUAGAAGGUAUUUCAGCCACGUUGCUUCGUAAUAUUUAUGUUAUUUCUGAGGCUUGAUACUCAUGAAGGUUUGUGCCGUGUGAAAUUUACAUUUUUAACCUUCCUUUCGAAAAUGUCAAACUCUGCACUUUCGUAAAAUAUUGACUGUAGAGUAGCAAAUUUAAUCAGGAUUCACUGACUGGUUUUAAAGCAACGUGAACGUUGAGUCCUCCACUACGACCCGGGACUGCGCUCCACCUGUAACCCGCUGCCAAAUGUGCUGUGUAGGCUUGAUUUUUCAUUAACGAAGCAUGGACGUUUUGUUGAUCUUUUACUGUCUCAAUUAUUUCAUAUGCUUUCCCCUCACGUUACUGUGUUGUUUUCCAAUUAACGUAUUAUUAUGAACUAUUAUUACUAUAUUAUGAAGUGCUGUGUGUAUGAUUUGGGGGCAUCUAUUGGUAGAAGUGGUUCAUAAUUGUUCAUAAUUUGAUAGAUCCAAUACAGAAUGUUUCAUAGCUACAUUUCCUCAGUAGCUCAGAACAUAUAAACCGAAUAUUUACUCUAAAGGUCUUUCGCGAGUCUUAACCUGAAUAUUUUACACCUGUGAGAGUGACAAUAACUCUCCAUGCCAGCAGGUGGCAGCAGUGUAUAUUUCUAAUGCAAAAAGAAACUAGAAAAUGUAGGAGCAAUGGUUCAACUCAACAGCCUUUACAUUCUCAGAAGGGGGAAUUGCAGUUUGCAGUCUCACCACUAGAUGCCACUAAAUCCUACACUCUGGUCCUUUAAUUUUAAUGUAAAAUGUCAAGCUGCCUCUUGUUCACACUUUGUGGUCUUCGUAGUGAACAUAUAUCUGACGCACAUUGACAAUGUGAUUUUAUGAAGCUGCCAAGUUGUUUGUUUGCUGUCCGUUAACUGUGGAUUUUUGUUGUUGUUGAUCAUACUGGAUUUAUUUAUUAUAAUAAUUUAGACUGUUACACCGGUUUUGUUUCUGUGUAUAGUGAUACAAAUUAUCCUGACGUGUUGUGUUGAAUUUCAAAAGACCUCUCACUGCAUUCGAAUAUCCUACAAGGAUACUGUGGUGCUGUUUGCCACUGUAUGAAGAUACUUGUCUUUUGUACCAGCCAUAGUAAGUGGUGUAUCGAAUAAUAACUUGUAUUGACCUCAGCAUCAGUAAUCUUUCUGUACAGAUAUUUAUCAGACUGCAAGUGUAAAAAACUAAACAAAACAUAAAAAACACACUGUAUAUACUGACUGAAAUGAAGCAGUGGAAUUAAAAAUCUUUUUAAACUGUU